AUGAAAUAAAAAAUAAAGAUUGGCUUAAUAAAAUCAAAUUCCAUCAUAUAGUUUUAUUGUCUGAAAUUCUAACUAAAUUAUAACUUAUUGGUUUAGUUUAGUGAGAUAAAAAAAUUAUCUAAUAAGAUAAUAUCAAAUUAUUAGAUGAACGAACAUCUUUUGGAGAUGAAUUCAAAUAUACAAACAGAAAUAGUUUUGUCAUAAGUAAAGAAUAUUUAAUAAAUGAACUUAGAAAAAUCAUUAAUGAAAUUAAGAUAAAACGAUUUAUUUGAUUGUGAAAGUUCAAUGAAGAUAUUAGAUAAUUAAUAAUUAUUUCAUAAAAGUUAAAAUUAAUAUUCAAAUAAAAUCUUAAUAAUAAUCUCUCCGAAAAUUAAGAAACAAUACUAUAGUUUUUUAAUAAGUUUAAAGGUACAUAUUCAUAAAGCCUAAAUUAAGUAAUAAUCAAUUUAUAACAAUUAACAUUAUAACUUUUUAACCCAUUUAUAAUAAGGAAUAAAUUAUUUUUGCGAAGAAUUUUUGUCAAAACUUCCAAAAUAACCUAAAAUAUCAUAAAUACCUGUCAUGAUAUAAAUACUUAGCUUUAAUACACUUAGUAUAGAUGAUUAGGAAAUAAAGCAGUAGGAUGAAAAACCUGAUAAUAUUAUAAAAUAUUAUUAUANUUGUAUUGAAGAAGUUGAAACUUCUUUUUUUAAAGAGUUUUUAAAUAGUUUACAUUCUGUAUCAUAAUUUUGGAUAUAAAUGUGUCACUAUACAACUCUUUCUCAUCAAGAAUUGAUAGAGAGAAGUCUUGAAUUUGAAAAACUACUUGAACCUUAAUUAAACUAAAAUAGUUAAAUUUUUACAAGCAUUAAUAAUAAUCUAGAUAAAUUUCUGAUAUAAGUUUCUUCGAUAAAGAGAACCUUCUUAAAGAUUUUAGAGCAGAAAGAAUUUAAAAUUGUUAUUAAAGAAUCUAUAUCUUAAUUUAGCUUAGCUUCUUUAAUAAUUAGGCUUUACAAUCCAUAAUUGAUAUUAAAAUUGAUUCAGGAAAUUCAUAAACAUUAUUAAAAUAUGUUUAAGGAAAAAUUAUAAAUAGAACAAGUGUCUGAUGUUCAAAAGAUUCUUAUUAUGGUAUAUUCUAACUUAAAUAUUUAUAAAGGAUUAAAAAUGCUUCUUAAAAUACAUCAUAGGAAAUUAUUUUAGAUGUCCUCAAAAUUUUAAGGAAUGUUUGCAAAUUUAAGCACUAUCGAAAAUGAAAGAUAAAUAUAUAAUUAAACUGAUAUAAAUGAAUACAUAAAAAUAAUAAUUAUUGAUAAAAAAGAGAAGUUACAAGCUUUAUUUAAUAAGUACAAAAAUAUAGAAUUUACAAAAGAUGAAUUAGCCGAUUUUAAUAGCAUAUCUAAUCUUAUUAGUAAGGAAAUAAAUGAAAUAAAAAACAAGGAUUGGCAAGAUAAAAUCAAAUUCCAUCAUAUAGUUUUAUUCUCUGAAAUUCUAACUAAAUUAUAACUUAUUGGUUUAGUUUAGUAAGAUAAAAACAUUAUCUAAUAAGAUAUUAUCAAAUUAUUAGAUGAACAUCUUUUGGAGAUGAAUUCAAAUAUACAAACAGAUAUGGUUUCGUCAUAAGUAAAGAAUAUUUAAUAAAUGAACUUAGAAAAAUCAUUAAUAAAAUUAAGAUAAAACGAUUUAUUUGAUUGUGAAAGUUCAAUGAAGAUAUUAGAUAAUUUAAUAAUUAUUUCAUAAAAGUUAAAAUUAAUAUUCAAAUAAAAUCUUAAUAAUACUCGCUCCGAAAAUUAAGAAACAAUACUAUAGUUUUUUAAUAAGUUUAAAGGUACAUAUUCAUAAAGCCUAAAUUAAGUAAUAAUUGAUUUAUAACAAUAAACAUUAUAACUUUUUUAAUCAAUUUAUAAUAAGGAAUAAAUUAUUUUUGAUGAAGAAUUUUUGUCAAAACUUCCAAAAUAACCUAAAAUAUCUUAAAUCCCUGUCAUGAUAUAAAUACUUAGCUUUAAUACACUUAGUAUAGAUGAUUAGGAAAUAAAGCAGUAGGAUGAAAAACCUGAUAUAUUAUAAAAUAUUAUUAUAGAAUUAAAAAAGGGCAAUAGAUUUAAUUAAGAAAAAGGAAUAAUUGAUAUAUUUGAAAAUUCAUCUUAUAAAGUGAGGGAAUUACUUGUAUUUAAUUUAUUUAAAAUACAAUCAAUUAUCUAAGAAUAAACCAUUUAAGAGUUUUGUGAAAAAUAAUUACAAUAAAUCUGGAUUAUUGAAAAGCAUCCAAAUGUUCGAAAUCUACUUACAAAUGAUGAAAUGAUUAUGAUGCAGAAAAAGUUAUUUUCUAAUAUUUACAAAAUUUAUCAAUUAGAUUAAAAGUAGAAAUGCAAUCAAGAUUAAAAUAAAUAGAGGAACUUGAAACUUAGGUGCUUCUUAGUGAUAAUUAAGAAGAAAUGAAAAUAUAAUUAUAACAUGCUUAUGAUAAUUUUGAAAUAUAUUUGGAUAAUAUAACAGAUAUGUCAUAAAGAUUAGAUAUUAGUUUAAUUUUUUUAAGAGAAAUCUGCAAAGAUUUGAAAAAUAUCAAAUCCUCCAUAAAUUAAGUGCUAAUUAGUAUAAAAAGGGUUGAAGAUGACAUAAGAAGAUUAAGAGGGAAGAAUUUCUUGGAAUUAUUAAACAUGCGAAAAUAAAAAGUUUUGAAAUAAAAGCAUGAAAAUGAGUUAGAUUAAGGUUACAACUCAAGAUUAUGA